AUGGACACCGAGCAACAGUGGUUCCCCAUCAACAGUACCGCCAACUUGGCCAACCAAAUGGGCCAACCAACUCUACAGAGACACCCAGCACAACAACCGCCCCCCAAACCCCCAGCAACACCAACGACAACAACCGAGAGUGGGCCAUGGACACCGAGCAACAGUGGUUCCCCAUCAACAGCACCACCCACUAUAUCAUCUGAAGGGCCAGGCGCUAAUAGUUCAGUGACGGGUUCAUCUUCCCAAACGGCCAGCCAAAGCACACGGCCCCCCAAACCCCCAGCAACACCAACGACAACAACCGAGAGUGGGCCAUGGACACCGAGCAACAGUGGUUCCCCAUCAACAGUACCGCCAACUUGGCCAACCAAAUGGUCAGGCACAAGUGGUACUGUAACGGGCUCAUCUUCCCAAACUGCCAGCGAAAGCACAGGGCCAACCAACUCUACAGAGACACCCAGCACAACAACCGAGAGUGGACCAUGGACACCUAGCAGCAGUGGAUCCUCAUCAACUGCAUCUCCCUCUAGACCGACUAAAUGGCCUGGCACUGGUGGUACUACGAUAAGCUCUUCUUCUCAGUCUGCUGCUGGCAGUGCACAACCAUCUGCCUCCACCAGUAGUGUUGUGAGUACCACUGUCAUUGGAUCAUGGACUCCAGUCGACAAUGGUCCGUCGUCUCCUGCGGCAUCUAUUGGACUAACAGAUUGGCCUGGAGCAGGUGAAAUUGUAACUCAGUCUCCAUCGCAUCCUGCGGGGGGGUAUACGCCAUCUUCGAUCUCUAGCAAUGCUGCUUCUACGGGUGAAGUCGUUAGGACCACUGUAAUAGGUUCAUGGACUCCAAUCGACAAUGGACAAUCAUCUGUUGCCCCGCCUGGUAGUGAUACGGAAUCGUCAGUCACAGAUGAAAAUGGCGGACCUUCUACGACUGAUACCUCGCGUUGGCCUCUUGCUAGCUCUACCGAUUCAACUGCCAAUUCCUCACGUCCAAGACGGGACACAUCAUCAGAACCCUCUAAUGGAUGGACCCAAAGUUCGGUAACUAUAGGACGUUGGUCUGACGCUCCCGGUAGUAAUACUGAAUCAUCUUCGUCAACUAGCAACGUUAAUUGGUCUUCUGGAACGACCGCUCACGAUGUGGACAAUACGACGUUGAAUAGUACUGAAGGAAUAACCACUGUUCCUCCGUCGAAAAUGGAAAAUAUUAUUAUUUCUGGCAACAUAGAGAUCAUUAUCGACAACAAUGGUAAUAGAAGCUCUGGUAAUAGAGGUUCCAUAUCGGAAUCCGGAGCUUUUAAUUUAACGGGUUUACAUGUUAACGGAUCUUCAGUUUUAAUUGACGGAGAGUUAGUUAGAACAAAUGGUUCGAGUUCUAAAGAAGUUGUUGGCGUGGAGAACAUUCAUGUGUCUGGAAAUAUUGGGAUUAAUGUUGAGGGACAUAAUUUGACCGGUGUUUAUAAUUCUACUGAUCAAUUAGCGUCGAGUAAUAGCACUUCUGAUGGGGAGAACAUUGUUAAUAUUUCAGGAGAUAAUGUAAAUAAUAUGGAAGCAGUUACGACAGAAAAUUCUGGUACCAGCUCGCGUGAUUCAUUACCUACUCUUGAGUCAAAGGUAAACGAUUCUCAAUUAAUUUCCGACAGUCAUAAUGUAGUUAUUGAUACCAACACGCAGGCGGUAACAGCGGGGAAAAGUUUAUCCACUAAUGAUGCUGCUAAUAAUAUUAGCAAUAGUGCUGCAGUCAAUACAAUUGUAUCUGGAGCAUCAGCGUCACGUGAAGCAAACGGAAAUUCAAAUUCUGGCUCUUCCUUGAAAACAGUCGUAUCAACUGCAUAG